AUGAAUCGGAUGCGAAGGAAAGACGGUACUGGACGACUAUGGGACGACGUUUUUGCCGACAGCAGGCUGUUGCACAUGCCUCCGUCAACCUGCGCAUUUCUGGUUUUGUUCUGUCGAAACCAUAACAAUAUCGCUGAAAAUAUUCUGGCCAUCAAUGAGCACGGAAAAUACGCUCGAGGUUUUAAAGACGAUACUAGUCAAUCAGCCCAAGAUGACGAAAUCUUCGGGCGCACGCGGGCUUGUCAACUGUGGCUACUUCAUGCAAAUAAUUCUCGGCGAUCAGUAACUUUUCAGAUCUUUGGUCUCAAGCUUCAUUUCUGCAGAAAAAUGGCUCUGAGGGUCCACCGACCGCUAUGGGUUAUGAGAGAGUCGACUGUAGCAUACUUUACUCAAACCACUAAAAGCCUCAUUAAGCAAAAGAGCUUCGGCCAAGAGAAGAAAUGCAUUGAUAUCGUGCGAGGUGUGAUCAAUGCGCUUCCCGUGAAGUGGAUAUGCCAAGAGCUUGUUAGAUUUCCUCCCACGCUCUCCUCUGCAGGCUUGCCACUCGCUAAGACUGACUCCAAAGACACCUUCACGGCAUCUCAACACUACGAAAUAAAUCUCCAAGUCAACCUUGAUCCUUCGGACGAUUGGCGCCUUCGCAAAGCUCAGCGACCACCUGCAAGUCACCUCGAUGCCUUUUCGUCGUGGUUUAUCUCGUCCCACGCCAUUCCUGACCUCGAGAAUCAUUAUCUGGACUUCCUCAAGUCAGUAUACACCAACACCGAUGAUACUCCUGGACACGGUGAGUCCGCUUUGGCCGCCCCGCCAUUCUGCACGGUCGUGCCCACAGCAGCGCCCUUUUCUCAAGUGGUUGCGCACGUGGUGAAUUACUACCUCGACGAGGAGCGGCAGGUGCAGAGGGAGGACCUGGUCAAAAGCGCCCGAUUGAAAAACAAAACUGGGGGUGACAAGGUUUUGGAAUACGUGUAUGCGGCAUUGCGUGCAGAUCCACCGCAGGCCCUCCUCAGUCGUGUCGCGCCGCGCGACUUGACGCUUAAUGAUGGCAGUACCGUCAAAUCCGGCGCCAGGGUGUUUGCGGACAUCAUUGGUGCAAACAUAAAUGGUCCAGCCAAUGCUUCUCCUGUCCUGGGGCUCGCCGACUGCGGCCUUCUCUCAGGACCAUUCUUCGAUGCAUACCACGAAUUCUGCACGAAAUCCUAUCUCUCCCCAGGAUCACUCGUACAGGGAAAUUCAACCGGUUCUCCGAAAAGCAGCAAGAUGCACAUCGCAGAUGUAUAUCAAUGCAAAGGGCAAGGUUGUUCCUUAGCCAGACUCUUUGACAAUCCAGUUCUCUGCUAA